GCCACCCCCGCCCCUCACCUCGCCGCGCAGCUCGCCUCGGAACCCCGCCGCUGAACGGAGAGCCAUGUCGGCCAGCAGCCUCUUGGAGCAGAGACCGAAGGGACAAGGCAGCAAAGUGCAAAAUGGAUCAGCGCAUCAGAAAGACAGCUUAAAUGAUGAUGAUAUUGAACCUUACUUGAGUCCUCAGGCCAGACCGAACAACGCAUAUACUGCCAUGUCAGAUUCUUACAUGCCGAAUUACUACAGCCCAUCCAUUGGAUUUUCCUACUCCUUGGGUGAAGCUGCUUGGUCUACUGGGGGUGAUCCACCCAUGCCCUAUUUGACUUCUUAUGGACAGCUAAGCAAUGGAGAGCCUCAUUUUCUCCCAGAUGCCAUGUUUGGACAGCCAGGGGCCCUUGGCAGUACACCAUUUCUGGGACAGCAUGGCUUUAAUUUUUUCCCAAGUGGAAUUGACUUCUCUGCUUGGGGAAAUAACAGUUCUCAGGGGCAAUCAACUCAAAGUUCAGGAUACAGUAGCAACUAUGCUUAUGCACCAAGUUCAUUGGGUGGAGCAAUGAUUGAUGGACAGUCAGCGUUUGCCAAUGACACCUUGAACAAGGCACCUGGCAUGAAUACCAUAGACCAAGGAAUGGCAGCCUUGAAACUAGGCAGCACUGAUGUAGCAAGCAAUGUCCCCAAAGUUGUUGGCUCUGCUGUUGGCAGUGGGUCUAUUGCCAGUAAUAUUGGAACUUCUAAUAGCUUGCCCCCAGUUACUAUUGCUCCUCCUAAACCAACAUCCUGGGCUGAUAUUGCAAGCAAACCUGCAAAGCAACAGCCCAAGCUGAAGACCAAGAAUGGGAUUGCAGGUUCAAGUCUUCCACCACCCCCCAUUAAACACAAUAUGGACAUUGGAACUUGGGAUAAUAAAGGACCAGUGGCAAAAACCCCUUCCCAGGCUUUAGUUCAGAAUAUUGGUCAGCCACCAACCCAAAUAUCUCCCCAACCAAUGGGUCAACAGAUGAAUAAUAGUCCACCAGCAAUGCAGCCUUCAGCAGGACAACAGUCACAACCUCUGCCACCUGCACCACCCCAACCAACUCAGUUGCCAGUUCAGCAACAGGCAGCUCAGCCUGCCCGUUGGGUUGCACCUCGUAACCGUGGAAAUGGGUUUGGCCAAAAUGGAGUUGAUGGUAAUGCAGUAGGACAGUCUCAAACCACAUCUGGGUCUGCACCUUUGGAGCCACACCCUGUCUUGGAGAAGUUGAGAUCUAUCAACAACUACAACCCAAAGGAUUUUGACUGGAACCCAAAACAUGGGAGGGUCUUUAUUAUCAAGAGCUAUUCUGAAGAUGAUAUCCAUCGUUCCAUUAAAUAUAACAUCUGGUGCAGUACAGAGCACGGUAAUAAGAGACUGGAUGCCGCUUAUCGGUCAAUGAAUGGAAAAGGUCCUGUUUACUUACUGUUCAGUGUCAACGGCAGUGGUCAUUUCUGUGGAGUGGCAGAAAUGAAAUCUGCUGUGGACUACAAUACGUGCGCUGGCGUGUGGUCCCAGGACAAAUGGAAGGGGCGAUUUGAUGUCAGGUGGAUUUUUGUGAAGGACGUUCCCAACAGCCAACUGCGGCACAUUCGCUUAGAGAACAAUGAGAAUAAACCAGUGACCAACUCCAGGGACACUCAGGAGGUGCCUCUGGAAAAGGCUAAACAGGUGCUGAAAAUCAUUGCUACUUACAAGCACACCACUUCCAUCUUUGAUGACUUCUCACACUAUGAGAAACGCCAGGAAGAGGAGGAAAAUGUGAAAAAGGAACGUCAAGGCCGUGUCAAAUAAACUGCUGGCCCUUUUCACAGAGACUGCAACAGAGAUGAUGCAUCUCGGAUAUCUUUCAAAAGGAAGAAAGGCUACACCGGAAAGAAUUAGGACUUAUUUCAUUGACUCCAUACAAACUCUUAUAAACGUACAGUUAAAAAAAAAAGUACUGAAAUUUCACAAGAGGCAUAGGACUUUAAAAAAAACAAAAAACCCCUUCUAGGUAGAGUAGAAGUAAAAACUGUCCCCCCCCCUUUGGCUUUGGUUGUAAUUUCAGAGCAUAAGCUUUGGGGUUUUUGUUUCUUUUUUGUUUGUCUUUUUACUAUGUUAUCGGAUUUAAAGUCCGCAAGUGGCAUAUGCCCUUUUUUCCCCCCUCUGAUUUUUAAAUCUGCCGCUUACCUGGUUUCCUGGCCUUCUAAACCCCCUCUUCCUCCUGAUUUUUUUGAUAUUUGCACUUGGAACACCCGAGUUGUGACUUUCUUUUGAACAUCCACCAUGGAAAGUGGAAUGAGUAACUUUUUUUUCCCAUGGACUGGAAGAGGAAUUUUAUGAAGAAUUCUGAGUUUUUUUUAUGCCUAGAAGAUUUGAAUGGGAUUUGUCUACAAGGUCAUGUCUGAGGGGUGGUUCAUUUUUCUCUCUCUCAAAAGUGAAAUACGAAGAGUCCUAAGAAAUGUUCUGUUCUUGUGCAUUAUAUGGAUUACAGAUUAAGUCUGGCUUGAUUUGAUUUGAAGGCUGAGAACAAUGGUAAAAACUUGUUUGUUUACAGGAAAAUUAAUUUUGGAAGAAAAAAAAAUAUUGUAAACUGUGUAGUGAAUGUUUCUUCAGUUUUCUUGUUAAGCCAAUGAGGAAUGGGUGAUGCCUUUCUUUCACCAUUAAUCACUUCUCAAUAAUAAACGUGAGAUCCUGUUGAGCAUCA